GCGCGCUACAGUCGGUCGUGUGAGCACGUGCCGCCAGUGCAUCGCGCCACCGAAACUUUCUUACGUCAAAUCAAUGGAUAUAACCUAACACGCCGCGCUUUUCUCAAAUCAUCGACUACAAUGUGAAUUACCUUGUGUUUACAACAUCCAAAUGGGCUCUUAGUGUUCUCGUGCAUUGAAGUGACGUGUUUAUUGUGCCAACGAUGUGAAUAAUUUAGUGAAUAGUGUUUUGUGAAUAAAAGGGAGCUAUGAGUAUUCAAAAGUGUCUUCUGGAUAACUCCAGUAGGAUGAUAAAGGCGAUGUCCACGGCGAAGUCGAACAGCAACGAAGUGAAAACGGGCGUGCAAAGUGGCCUCAAAAGAGUGGUGGGGCUGGCGAUGCUGUCGUUGUCGAUUCCCGUCGAAGACAAAAACAAAAAAACAACUCGGAGUUGGAUAGAGAGCACGUUCCAGAAGCGAGAGUGCAAGUACUUCGUGCCCAGCGCCAAGGAUGAGCAUGUAUGCUGGUGCGGGCUCAGCAAGACGGCCCACGGGUCGAGCAUUGCUGUGGCCACGGCAGGCGAGGCCUGGGUGCCUACGAGGCACACGCAGGCAGCGCCUACGGACGCGUAUGGCACCGUCGAGUUCCAGGGCGGGCCGCAUCCAACUAAGGCACAGUACGUCCGUCUCUCCCACGACACUCGGCCCGAGCUGAUCGUCCAGCUGCUGACCAGAGAAUGGGCGCUGGACCGGCCGAAGCUGCUCAUCACCAUCCAAGGAGGAAAGGCCAACUUCGACCUCCAGCCCAAGCUGAAGAAGGUCCUGAGGAAGGGCCUGCUGAAGGCCGCGAAGACCACUGGCGCUUGGAUAUUCACUGGAGGCACUAACACUGGUGUAACCCGCCAAGUAGGCGACGCUCUUCAGCUAGAGCGGUCGCAGCGAGCAGGGCGGGUGGUCAGCAUCGGCAUCGCCCCGUGGGGCAUUGUGGAGGGCGCCAAUGAGCUCAUCGGGAAGGGGAGAGACGUCCCGUACCAUGCUAUCGCUUCGCCCAGGUCCAAACUGGCGGUGUUGAACAACAGACACGCGUACUUCUUGCUGGUAGACAACGGCUCGGUGGGCCGGUACGGGGCCGAGAUCGUGCUGCGGAGGAAGCUGGAGAAGUACAUCGCGGCGCAGAAGCUGCAUCCAUAUACGCACUCGUCCACGCCGGUGGUAUGCCUGGUGAUCGAGGGCGGCACGAACACCGUGCGCGCCGUGCUGGAGUACGUGACGGACACGCCGCCGGUGCCCGUUGUGGUCUGCGACGGCAGCGGCCGCGCGGCCGACCUCAUCGCCUUCGUGCACAAGUACGCGUCAGAGAGCGGCGAGCAGACGGUCCUGGAGUCGAUGCGGGACUACCUGAUCGGCACCAUCCAGAAGACCUUCGAGGUCGGGCUGCAGCAGGCCGAGUGUCUAUAUGGGGAGCUCCUACAGUGUACCAGGAAGAAGAACUUGAUCACCGUCUUCAGGAUCCAAGAGCGUGCAGAAGGCGGCGAGGUCCAGGAGUUGGAUCAGGUCAUCCUCACGGCACUGUUCCGGGCCCAGCACCUGUCUCCGAGCGAGCAGCUGUCCCUGGCUCUGACAUGGAACAGGGUGGACAUCGCACGGUCGGAGAUAUUCGUCUAUGGACAAGAAUGGCCUCCAGGUGCACUCGACGAAGCCAUGAUGCAAGCCCUCGAGCACGACAGGAUAGACUUCGUCAAACUGCUCCUGGAGAAUGGAGUCUCCAUGCGAAAGUUCCUCACCAUCCCUCGAUUGGAGGAGCUGUACAACACCAAGAGUGGUCCCAGCAACACCCUGCGGUAUAUCCUGAGGGACGUCAGGCCUCAUUUGCCCAGAGGAUACGUGUACACGCUGCACGAUAUUGGAUUGGUCAUCAAUAAGCUCAUGGGAGGUGCUUACAGGUGCUACUACACAAGGCGCAAGUUCCGUCCUAUCUACGCGAAGGUGAUGAACAAGAGCGUGAAUGUUCACCGCAACAGCGCGUCGUUCACCCGCCACAACGCCGGUGGGCUGUCGCUCAUCACCGGCUUUAUGCCUGUCACCACCGAGAUGGCGCUGUUUGACUAUCCUUUCAACGAGCUGUUGAUGUGGGCAGUACUGACAAAGCGCCACCAGAUGGCGCUGCUCAUGUGGACGCAUGGUGAAGAGGCCCUGGCCAAGAGUUUAGUAGCCUGCAAGCUGUACAAGGCCAUGGCCCACGAGGCAGCCGAGGAUGACAUGGAGACCGAGGUCUAUGAGGAGCUCAGGCACUACGGGAAGGAGUUUGAGAAUAAAGCGCUGGAGCUGCUAGAUUACUGUUACCGGCAAGACGACGACCAGGCCCAGCAACUGUUGACCUGCGAACUCCAGAACUGGUCGGGACAGACCUGCCUCAGUCUAGCCGUAGCAGCAAACCACCGAGCUCUACUUGCACAUCCGUGUUCUCAAAUAAUCCUCGCCGAUCUUUGGAUGGGAGGACUUCGAACACGAAAAAAUACCAACUUGAAGGUAAUUCUGAGCCUGCUGUGUCCGCUCUACAUACUUCAACUGGAGUUCAAGUCGAAGGAGGAGUUGCAGCUGAUGCCGCAGACGGAGGAGGAACACUUAGAGAACGAGAGUAUGGAGGACGACCGAAGUACGAAGGACCCAAACGACGCCGAGGCGUUGAUUGGCUCAGGGGCCGAGUGCGAUACUCGCGUGGAUCAGAACGGGAAAGUGGGUAAAAUAGGAUGGGAGCCCUCGUACCGGGAGCUCCCGGAGCACCACACGCCGGAGGACAAGCGGAUGAGGCCCCUCCGACUGAGGAAGAAGAUCUAUGAGUUCUUUACGGCGCCGAUCACCAAGUUUUGGGCUGAUUCGAUUGCCUAUAUAUUGUUCCUAUUGAUGUUUACGUAUACAGUAUUAGUCAAGAUGGACCCAACGCCGUCUUGGCCGGAGAUAUAUUCUAUUUGUUAUAUAUUAACUUUCUUAUGUGAGAAGAUAAGGGAAAUCAUUACGUCCGAACCUGUUGCUAUUAGACAUAAGUUCAGUGUAUGGGCCUGGAACAUGUGGAACACGUACGACGCGGGCUUCAUCAUCUUCUUCCUGGUGGGGUUGAGCCUGCGCCUGCGAGCCAGCAGCAUGGACGUCGGCCGCGUCAUCUACUGCGUCGACAUCAUCUACUGGUACCUCAGGAUACUCAACAUACUGGGCGUUAAUAAGUACUUAGGUCCUCUAGUCACAAUGAUGGGUAAGAUGGUGAAGAACAUGAUAUACUUCGUGGUGCUAUUGCUGGUGGUGCUGAUGUCUUUCGGGGUGGCGAGACAGGCCAUCCUCUACCCCGACAAAGAAGCCAGUUGGUAUUUGAUAAGAGAGGUGUUCUUCCAGCCCUACUUCAUGUUGUACGGAGAAGUAUUCGCUCCGGACAUCGACCCCGACUGCGGGCUGGAGGUCAACGACCACAAAUGCGUCACCGGCCGCUGGAUCACCCCAAUCGCGAUGACAAUAUACCUCCUCGUCGCCAAUAUACUGCUCAUAAACCUGCUAAUUGCCGUGUUCAAUAACAUAUUUAACGAAGUCAAUGAAGUCUCGCAUCAGGUGUGGAUGUUCCAACGCUUCACUGUGGUGAUGGAGUACGAACAAAAACCAGUGCUUCCACCACCGAUCAUCAUCUUCUGCCACAUCUACGCCACCUGCAAGUGGGUGACGAGGAACGUGUCGCACAAACGCUUCCAAUAUGAUAAUGGACUGAAGCUGUUCUUGGAGAAGGAGGAUAUGGAACGGCUGUAUGACUUCGAGGAGGAGUGCGUUGAGGGGUAUUUUAGGGAACAAGAAGUUAAAUUAUCUAAUUCAAUAGAAGAGAGAGUAAGAAACACUACAGACAGGGUAGAACAUAUCACGACCAAAAUGGAGGACUUAAAUCAAAAAGCUAAUUGCCAAAUACAGUCUAUGCAGAGUGUAGAGUUCAGAUUGCGUAAGCUAGAAGACGUAGCGGAACAGACCAUGAACCACCUAGCAGUAAUCCAUCGGUUCAUGGCGACCCACCCUUCGCUGGUGAACCGAGGGUCAACAGACACGUUAGGCCCGCCGCCCCCUACUUUCCAGGCUGGGGGGUCGCGGCUGAGAACUGCCAGCGAUCGGUCUGAGGUGCUGUCAGACAGCGACACCGGCGCCGCGCGUUUCGCCGUGCGCCCCGUGCAAGAGGAGGACGAGCAAGCCUCGCAGCCCUCCGACGACGAGCUGCCUCACUCAGCUCCAGAAGUGGCAGUGGAGAAGGAGCCAGAAGCGGACUCCAUUUCCACGUCAUCAGGCGGCAGCGUGGCAGGGCCUGACGUCACAGUCAUACCGAUUGUGCGCCCUCCUCCCCCUGUCACUCCGGCUAGACAGAGGUCGUCCGAUAGCAACAGGACAGAGCCGAGCGAUGAGAAGAAAGAUAUAAAGAGGUUACUUUCGUCAGUGCCCUCGACGACGGAUGACGCUUUCCUACCGGAAGUGCGCGAAAUGCCCGCCGACCUUCAAAGCCUGCGUCCGCGCACCACUUCCGCUGGCACGCGCCGGACGGCCAAUACUAGAAGGAGGUCGGAAGGCGGGAACGACUGCGGGAUGGGUGGCCACCACUCUGCCCAACACCUGGCUCCGAGGAGGCAGCACAGCCAGACCCAUUCAGAGCCUGAUAACUCCGCGGUCGACGCUGGGUCGGUCCACAACUCAACAACCGGACUCCCAUCACGUCUCGCCUGCUGUCCCCCGCUCGCGCCACGUCCCCCUCAGUCCGUCGACGUCACGCCAGCGAGAUGUCGAACCCUGAGUUCGCACUCUUCAUGGAGAAGGAGCAUCUUAGAGGCGCCGAGGAAGACGACUACAUCAUCAUGCAAAACCUCAUCCAGAGGCGAUACGAGGAGGAGUGCGGGGAGGCCGAGGGGGAGGGCGGGGGCAUCAGCAUCAGCGUGUGCGUCAACAGCGAGGAGCCGCACCUGCCGCCGCAGACCACCACGCUGCUGACCGUCAGCGACCGCCGCCUGCCGCA